GUCGGGAGCGAGCACGCGCGGCGCGUACACGCCAACAUCCUGACUCCACGCCGCCGACCACGUGACCAAAAGAGCAGCUACGUAUGGAAAGUUUGGCUAACUCGCAUUUGUAUUUGUUGUCGCCAAGGCUUCUAAAGAACGGAACAUGCCAAUUGCACCAACCAAUGAUGUGGCCUUCAGACCUCCAGAUGGUGGCUGGGGCUGGAUGGUGGUGAUCGGGGCUCAUAUCUCCAUUGGGUUCGCUUAUUCUACUCCAAAAGCCCUCUCAAUUUUCUUCAAGGAGAUUCAGGGAGACUUGGAGGCCAGCUACAGUGAUACAGCAUGGAUUUCUUCUAUUAUGUUAGCAGCCAUGUAUGCUGGCGGACCAGUGAGCAGUGUGUUGGUCAAUCGCUACGGAAGUCGACCAAUAGUGAUACUGGGGGGCCUUAUGUGCGGGGUCUCCAUGGUUGCUGCUUCCUUUGGGAACUCCAUCAUUUACCUUUACUUAUUCAUUGGAGUCAUUGCUGGCUGGGGGCUUGCCUUAAACCUAAAUGCAUCUCUCACCAUCAUCAGCAAGUAUUUUCUGGCCAAGCGUCCUUUAGCCAAUGGACUUGCAAUGGCUGGGAGUCCCGUGUUUCUCUGCUUCCUGGCGCCUCUUAAUCAAUACCUGCUGGACAAGUUUGGGUGGAGAGGAAGUCUUCUUAUCCUUGGGGCUCUGAUGCUCAACUGUUGCGUAGCUGGGGCCUUGAUGAGACCUGUUGGCUCAUGCCUAUCCUCUCCUGCACUGCAGAAGUCCAAGGAGCAGUCGGAUAACUCCAACACCAAACAAUCGAAACAAAGCUGUGGCAGUCGUGCCAAAAAAUUCUUGGAUUUGUCCUUCUUUAAAGAUAGAGGCUUUGUAAUUUACCUUAUUGGGAACAUAUUGUUUAUUUUUGGUGCCUAUGCUCCCAUUGUGUUCCUGUCAGCCUAUGCUGUUAGUCAGGGUGUAGACCAAUACUCCGCAGCAUAUCUGCUCUCUAUUAUGGGUUUUGUGGACAUGUUUGUUCGGCCUGGCACCGGCCUAAUUGCCAACAGCAAGUGGAUAAGACCUAGAGUACAGUACUUCUUCAGCUUUGCCAUGGUGUUCAACGGCACGUGCCAUUUGCUAUGCCCACUGAUCAAAAGCUACACUUUCUUGGUGGUGUACGCUGUAUUUUUUGGUGUGGGUUUUGGCAUGGUUUUUGCCCUUAUAUUUGAGUGCCUAAUGGAUCUAAUGGGAAAUGAGCGCUUCCCCAGUGCUGUUGGACUGGUCACCAUCAUUGAGUGCUUCCCUAUGCUGCUGGGACCUCCUACUGCAGGUUUCCUUGUGGACAUAUUUGACGACUACAAGUACCUCUUCUUGAUGUGUGGCGCCGUGAUUGUGACGGGUGGCCUCUUCCUCUUUGUCAUGAACUUUUACAACUAUCAUAUGCUUGAAAAACAGAGGAGGAGACAACUGAACCCCAAAAACCCUAAAGACCAGGACCAGGCAGAAAUGCAAAACACACUCAAUCACAAUUUUUUUGCAAAAGAGUCCACUGUGCCUGGAAAUGAAACUGGCAGUGACCCCCAAGGAGAGCUCGCGAGUUCCGAGUGAAGUACUACCUAUUUAAUUUUUAUUUUCAUAUUUUGUCUACUUGAGCUGUACAUGUGAAGUUGCAUUUUAUAACUAAUUAAUUAUUUGAAAAUCCUACAGUAAGAAGGGGAUACAUAUGGCCCCUUUCGUCGCUGUUUGCCUUACACAUUAAUUUUGACAAAUUUGGCCACUUUUGCCGCCAGAUGGCAGUAAAGUGUUAAAUAUAUUGAAAUAUGUUUUGUGGCAAGUCCAACUUUAACCACAGAGUCAGUUGCUAUGCAUAGUGGAGCUUUCCAUCAUUUUCAGCAGACUGCAUUGCAAAAUGAGUAACCCCCCCCUUUUCCUCACAUGCAAGAUCCACCCAGGAAUGGGGCCAUAUGAAUCCCUUCCCUACUGUAGUUAUCUUACCAAUUAACCUUACUCAAUAUUUUAGUUAAAAACAAAUACCGUAAAUUCCGGACUAUAAGCCGCUACGUUUUUCUACGCUUUGAACCCUGCGGCUUAUAACAUGGUGCGGCUAAUUUAUGGAUUUUUCCUCGCUGACGACCAUAAUGCAAAUAGUUAAAAAAACAAAACAAAGACCGAGCUUUUAACCGGAAGUACAAGUGCCGUCUAGCCGUCCUAAGCGUAUCUACUCAAAUGGAUUCUUCAUUCAUCACUCCAAGCAACAUUUGUAAGUUUUACAGUAUAACUAAAACAAUUCUCACUUACUUACUAAACCGUCUGAUGUGUGAUGUCUGUAGGAGUGUUUGCAUAUUUGUACGUACUAUCGUAAUGUAUAAAGUUAGCGUCAUUAGCAUUAGCUAAUAUACUAACACGUUUACAAGUGUCUAUGUUAGUAUUAUUAACUUACAAUGGCUUUCUUUAUGUAUUGUUUCCGUUUCGUAAAUCACCAAAACGUCCCCGUGGACUUACGUAUUAAGUCUGUUUAGUUGACGAUGACUUCUGUUUUGUUUGAUCAGCUGUUGCCGUGUUACGGACACCGUUUGGAAACAGUGUAAAUAAAUAACUUAUUUCACAAGGUAUAUCUGCGGCUAAUAUAUGGAAAAUAUUUUUUUCUUAUAAAAUCUGUGGGUGCGACUUAUUUAUAGUCCGGAAAAUACGAUACAGUCGUGCAGUGAGGUUCAUGGCUGGCAUGGCUCUUUUGAGUCAGCUAUACAUGUGUGUCCACUUCACUGGUUGCUUCACCUUGUGACGUUUCUCUGCAGUUCGUUUUCUGGUCAGCAAGAAUAUUAAUGGGACACGUUUUCAUUAAACACAUAAGACAGGCUUUUGGGGAAGGCUUUGAGAAACAGGCACAUGCAGCGCAAUCCACUUAAUGAGGUAAUUCACAUUCUGCCUUGUAUUUUGGGAAUAGCUGAAAUUUAGCAAAUAAAACGUUAACAAGGAUGUCAAUCAGACAGAAAAUUAAUUUUCAACCCAAAAUUAACUUCACAGAC